CGCAGGGCUGUCAGUGCGCGUCCAGCCAGGACCCUCGACUGAGUGCUCCGGUGCUAUGGCCGCCCCUGCGCAGCUGCAGGCUCUUCUCAAGGCUGUCAACACUCUGCUGCGCAAGCGCCGCUACCAUGCUGUGUUGGCCUUGCUUAAGGGCUUCCGGAACGGGGCUGUCUAUGGAGUCAAAAUCCGGGCACCUCACGCACUGGUCAUGACCUUUCUCUUCAGGAGUGGCAGUCUCCAAGAGAAACUGCAGGCCAUCCUGAAAGCCACGUACACCCACUCUCGGAACCUGGCCUGCUUUGUGUUCACCUAUAAGAGCCUCUGUGCACUCCAGUCGCAUGUGCAAGGCGAGACCCACCAGAUGCACUCUUUCCUGGCCGCCUUCCUCGGGGGCCUGCUAGUGUUCGGGAAGAACAACAACGUCAAUAGCCAGAUCAACAUGUACCUGCUGUCACGUGUCCUGUUUGCCUUGUGUCGCCUCGGCGUGGAGAAGGGCUACGUCCCUAAACUCAGGUGGGACCCAUUCCCCUUGCACACGGCCGUGAUUUGGGGGCUUGUGCUAUGGCUGUUCGAGUAUCACCGGCCCACGCUACAGCCCUCGCUACAGUCCUCCAUGACCUACCUCUACGAGGACAGCAACAUUUGGCACGACAUCUCUGACUUCCUCAUCUUCAACAAGAGCAGCCCCUCCAAGUAACACAGCCCGAGGCACUAAAGGAAACUCCUCUUUGCAGACAGCUUCUGCAAUGUCCAGCCACUGCCCAGAGUAUGGUUCUAUUGACACACCCCCUGGAGGAUCCUGCCUUCUCAAAGCCAUGGGCCUCACACUCCAACCUGUUUGAUCCCAACCAGGGUUCCAUUUCUGAAACAACAGCCCCGAGUUUCCACCUGCCAGGUACUUUUGGAUAGCGCAUGUAGCAAGGGGCAUGCUAAGGAGUCUGGGGCUUGACUCCAGUAAGGCCAGGGAAAGCGUAACCCUCUCUGGGCCUCAGGCCAUUCAACAUGGGGUGGGGGACCAUUAGAGGAGAGUUUCUUCCUAGUGGGUAGGAUAACCCUUCUCUGUGCUGUGUACCAGAGGGCAACAGGUUACAGAUACCUUGGGAGGGGAACUAAACCCUUUGUCUAAGGUGUGCCAUUGGGGAGUUCCAGAGCCCCAUUGUCCAAUAGGAACACAACAUGAGCCUUAUGUGUAGUUACGAUUUUUCAAGAGCUAAGGGAUAGCUUAGAGGGACAGCACUUGCUAAGCUUGUGUGAGACCCUGGAUCCUAUCCCCAGCACUGAGAAUAAAACCUCUUUUUUUUUUUUUUUUUUUUUUUUUUUUUGGUUUUUCAAGACAGGGUUUCUCUGUGG